UGUUUACAGGAAACGGACUUUGCGCUGACUAAACUACAGACAAACAAAGAAGCCGCUCCAUAAAGCUAUAGCGAUAAUCUAGCACAUGCUUCGUUUUAAACAAGUUAAGUAACUUUGAGACGCUCCCUAACCAACCCGACCUUUGCCCUCCGCAUGCUCGCUGCUGUACUUUAGCAUGCAGUGGGUAAUAAAAGCAGGACUGCGCACAGUUAGGCAGGGUGACAUUAUUAAAGCCGUGCUCGUACACUCGCCGAGGUUCGUGGCUCGUAGAAACAUGUCGUCCUCUGCAGCUAAAAGGCCGGUGUCCUUACUGGGGACCAUGGCGUUUGGCGGCCGGGCUGACGCCGAGCAGAGUCUGGAAAUGGUGAAGGCUUUCCUGGGCAGGGGGCACAACCUGGUGGAUACAGCCUUCAUGUACGCGGAUGGGAAGGCAGAGACGCUCAUAGGGGGCAUGAACCUCCCGAAAACAGUAAGCAUAGCUACGAAGGCCAACCCCUGGGAUGGGAAGACACUGAAGCCAGAGAGUGUGCGCUCUCAGCUGGAAACCUCCCUUCAGAGUCUGCGGACUGAUUGUGUGGACCUUUUUUACCUCCAUGCUCCUGACCACCAAAACCCCAUCCAGGAUACCCUCAAGGCCUGCAAUGAACUCCACAAAGAGGGAAAAUUUAAGGAGUUUGGCCUAUCAAACUAUGCAUCAUGGGAAGUGGCUGAAAUUGUGUGCAUCUGCAGACACAACAACUGGAUCGUUCCCACCGUGUAUCAGGGAAUGUACAAUGCCACUACAAGACAGGUUGAGACAGAGCUGCUGCCAUGUCUAAGAUACUACGGAAUGAGAUUCUACGCAUACAAUCCUCUUGCAGGUGGCCUUUUGACAGGAAAGUACCAAUACGAAGACAAAGAUAGUUCCCGGCCUGCAGGACGAUUCUUUGGCAACAGUUGGGCUACAGCAUACCAGGACAGAUACUGGAAGAAGAGUCAUUUCCAGGCGAUAGAUUUGGUUCAAAAGGCUUUGGAGACAGCGUACGGCUCAAAUAAACCCAGCAUGAUUUCUGCUGCUAUGCGCUGGAUGUACCACCACUCCCAACUUAAGGGUGAUCUUGGUGAUGGAGUCAUCAUUGGCAUGUCAAGUAUGGAGCAACUUCAACAAAACCUGGCUGCCGUAGAGGAGGGUCCUCUGGAUGAGAGAGUGGUUGCCGCCUUUAACGAGGCCUGGAAUCUUGUAGCUCACGAGUGCCCAAAUUACUUCAGAUGAAGAGCCAAAAUCUUCCUAACAGACCAAUCGAAUAUCAUCCAAGUUUAUCUGCUGAAGCCUCUUUGUCUUAGUUAUUUCUGCCCUUUUCCUGAAAUCACACUUGAAAUGAGUUGGGGUGGGGUGGCAUGGCAUUCUUACCAAUAGAUCAAAUGGAGACCAAUACGUAUUAAUAAGAUGGAGCACUUCAUUGUUAAUGUACAAAUGUAAAAAUGAAAACACAAGCUAUUUUUUCAGGGGAAAAUAACCUUUGCUGGAGUCUGCCUUAAUUAAACAGUUACAACAAAAAUAACUAAUUUUCCCAAAUAAACAAAAUG